AUGACUUUCACAAACAGCCUGAUUCGCCUGAGCGGGCUGCUGUCCUUGGCAGCUUCCGCUCAAGCAGCCGCCUACGCCGUUCAAGAUACGUUCGACCAGACCAACUUCUUCGAGGGCUUCGACUUCUUCAGUGGCCAGGACCCAACAAACGGCUUUGUCAAGUACUCAUCCGCCAUCCACGCCAACAACGCGUCUCUUGCCGGAUACGCGAACAAUGGCAUCUACUUGGGGGUCGAUUACGAGAGCGUCAAUCCAGCCGGCGGUCGUGCUUCGGUUCGCGUCAACUCCAAAGCCUCGUACACCAAGGGCCUCUUCAUCGCCGAUAUCGCCCAUCAACCUGCUCCGGCGUGCGGACAGUGGCCCGCGUUCUGGACGUUCGGACCGAACUGGCCUUCCAGUGGCGAGAUCGACAUCAUCGAAGGAGUCAACAUGGACACGAACACCACAAUCACCCUCCACACAUCUAAGGGAUGUUCUUUUUCCAAGGACUCCUUCUCGUCUGGUGACUGCAAUGCUCCUGGGUCCGGAACAACCGGCUGCGGAGCGCCCACUGGGAACCUACAGACCUUCGGCACCGGCUUCAACGAGAUAGGCGGUGGCAUCUAUGCGCUCGAGUGGACCUCUCAAGCAAUCAAGAUCUUUUUCUUCCCAAGAACCGGCCCGAUCCCCACCGACAUUGCCUCCGACACACCUGACCCGACCACGUGGGGCGCACCCGCCGCUCAGUUCUCAGGCUCAGGCUGCAACAUCGAUGAACACUUCAUGAACCAUCAGAUCGUCUUCGAUACGACAUUCUGCGGAGAUUGGGCCGGGAAGGUUUUCAACGAUGACCCCGUCUGCAAGGCCAAGGCCAACACGAAGUCGACUGGGAUGGCGGCGUGCCAGGCCUAUGUUGCCAACAACCCCGCCGACUUCAAGGACUCCUACUGGCUGAUCAAUUCAGUCAAGGUCUACUCCGAGGGGGGUGCAUUGAACAAGACUACCCCUAAGCGGUUCACAUCAUAG